AUGGCAUCAACUGUAUCAACCAAUGAAAUAGCAUCAACUAACAAAGCCAAUGAGAUGGCAUCAAUAGUAUCAACCAACAAAGUCAAUGAGAUGGCAUCAACAGUAACAACUAACAAAGCCAAUGAGAUGGCAUCAAUGCAUCAACCAAUGAAAUAG